AUGGUAUCAGCUCCUUCUGGUGUACAGGUCUCCCCAUCACCGAGCCAAAGCGUGACUCCAACGGUGAUUGUGACGGUCAAUGCUGGUCCCACAGGAGCCGGGCCCUUCGUUAUUGCAGGUACCGGAGGAAUUAUAUUAUCAGUCUCCGUGCAGCUUGUUGUGGCCGGCACGCCCACAGCCGCCCACGACGUCGCAAAAAGCGAUGCCCAAACGACUAAGUUCCUCAUUUUGGUAUAUUUAUUUUUUCCAAUUCUUCAGCAGAGGAGAAGCUGCAGAUUUGAGAAGGCUAGGAAGCCGAACAAAGAACGAUAA